UGCUAGGACAACAAUGGUCAACUUCACACAUGCAGCAUGCUAUACACAGUAAACAUCUGAUGUAAUUCAGUUAAAUAAAUCUCCGGAGAUAACGGAAAACUCUGGUCAAUUACACUGGGCAUGCAGAACUGUUAUAAUGGCUGUUCCCAUGUGGGCUCUCUCCCUCCCACUCCCUGCCAUCAUCAUGAUCUCUGUGGGGCUCUAUAUGAUUGUCCUGGCGGGUGUGCUGUGGUGCCAUCACUGUCUCGAGGCCAAAUGUGAUCCUCAGUGUUCAGAUUGCUGUGCAAGUUUCUCUCCCUGUGAGUAUUGUCUAGUGUGUGCCCAGUCUUGUGACUGUCGUCCACCCUCUCUACACUCCUGUCUUGACUACUCCUGUCCUUCCCCUAAUUGUGCAAUGUGGGAUUGUGCCUGUACCUGUCAACCUCCAGAAUGUGACUCCAUCAACUGCUUCUGUUUUGAGAUCAAGUUUAAGUAGAAAGAUGGUGGGAGGAAUGCCCUCCACACUCAAAAAGAUGCCUUAUAAACUCAAACUGCUAAAAUUCAAGUGACACUUACUUGGGUCUGUUUUAAGCUAGACACAAGCUAAAUUCUUUGUUUUGUACGCUCUGCAUCCAUAAGGUGACAUUAUUGUAUUAUUCUUAUUUAAUGUCAUUGAUCUGACCAUAAAUAAACAUUUAAAAGAGUACUUCUAGAAGAUUUAGAAGUUACAGUUAUGGACAUCAAGUCCAACAGCAAGUCAACAGAAGUACCCCUCAGUAGCAAUACAGCUUUUUAAAGUUAUAUAGCUCUUGCUAAAUAAAACAUCAUCAGCAGGAACAACUCCUGAGGGACACAAGCAUUAUAGAACCAUGAAAAGAUGCCUGUAAAUUCAAGCUAAGGUUGUAUCUUAGAGAAUUUGAUUUAACCAAGAUUACAGAUUAUGGCUGAAAGAAUUGCCAUGAACUUGCGAGAGGAUAUGGUUGGCUGCUUGCAAAUCAACCAGCUACAAAUUGUUUAUACAUUUCACCUUAAGUAGUUAAGGGCAUAUUUACACAUUUAAAUGCAUUUUUGUUAUGGCCUCAUAAGUCAUAACAUAAAACGUUUUCAGCAGUAAUACUUAUUUGUGAUUUUAUAUUAAAUUUAGAUAUUCCAUCACACUUAAAAUGUCAACAAGAACUGUAUGCUUACCUAUGUAUAUGCAAUUGUAAAACAAAUAAGCUUUCAUCAUACAGUGCCGGCUUACCAGAUGUAGAUUAAUUUAACUUAUUGGUCUUUACAAUUAAAAUAGUGAUUUUGUAUUCAUGAUACCUAAGAGUUUACAAGUGUAAUCUGCACCAGGAAAGCCAGUUCAGGAGGUUUACUAUUCUAAUUGUUUACAAGGUAUCAUCUUGUUUGUGAAAUAACAAAUAUGAUUUUGUAUGUGACCAUAUAAAAAAAAAAAAACUUAAGAUAAAAUUAAUCAGCAUACUAUGGCUUUCACUUCUCACUGAUGGUUUUAUAUGAAUUAUUAAUAUGUAUUAUUAUUAUUAUUUGUAAUCAUACAUUUAGGAAGAAGUAAAGAAU